ACACUGGCGGUCACACUGUUUAUAAUUCUUCGAUCAAACUUUGAAAAAAAAACUGGUGAAAAAGGGAAAAUGAUCUGUGUGUGAGAAAUCCGGGACGUGAAACAGUGGUCAGUGGUCGCCAUGGACAAGAUUCUGGAAGAGGUCAAAGGCAAUGUGCAAAAGAAGUUUAACGAGGUUCGCGCGGCGCUGCAUAUGCGCGAGAAGUUGCUGUUGCGACAGCUGGAGGUCAUCGCCAACACCCAGCAACAGCAGCAGCAGCUGAAGUCGUCGCCUGUGGACAACAAGACAGACAAGGAGCAGGGUGGGGUCCGCUUCAUCACUGGCGAUAGAGAGGAGGAGGAGAAGCUGCUGGCAGCCAUACGAAGCUUUGGUCACUUCCUGCUGGACAACAGCAACAUGCAGCUGGCGCUGCAAGACUAUCGGAACACUGAACUGCGCAGCGAAGACUAUAUCGAGCCGCUGGACGACCACGAGACGAUGUACAAGUGCCUGCAGGACCGCAAUAUUUCCUACUAUGAGCUGGAAAACGAGGCGCAGCCCGAGGCCAUAGUGGUGGACUUCUCGGGUAACAAGGCCGUCGUAGAAGACAACGCCAAGCGUUCCAUUAUUAACAUAACGCUGAAGGAGGCCAAGGAACUGAUACGCAAGUCAAAGAUAAAGCGCGAGCACCACGCGCCUGUGCCAGUGCCGCCGCUCAAUCUGGAGGAGCUGGAUGAUGAGCUGGAGUCGUCAAUAGCCGAUGCCGUCUCCAGUCUGGGCCGAGAGACGGCCAAGUCAACGAGCAGCUGCCUCGAGCUUCCACCAACUGAUCCAUCCACCAAGCCCAAGGGGCGCAAGCAGCGCUUCAAACCAAAAAUAACUAUCAACAACUGCAACGGCACUAUCAACCUGCGCAACAUUGCCAGUCUGACCAUCAACUGCGCCACCGAAGAGGCCGUCAGUGCGGAGAUCCCGGUCGUCAAAUCUGCCGACUGCAGCAGCACCAACGAGCAGGAUCAGAGUCAGUCGCAGUCCACUCCAACAACCACCGCCUCCAGCUCGAAUUAUUCGAGCAACGCUAGCUCUCGUUCGCAUUCCAAGAAGCAGUCUAAGAAGCAUGCCAGUCAGGCGGCGGCGGUAGAGCCGCCGAUGCAGCUGGCAGCUUCCGGCUCUGGGCAAUCCACACCCACACUCCGGAACGAGUAUCGCUUUCAGGAGGUAGACACCCACGAUGUCACCUGCGACUUCUACAACCGCCUGCUCAACGAGAUAAAGAGGAGCAUGAAGGAGAAGCCGCGUCGACCAUAUCACAAUGUACCAGAGCCAGAGGUGGAGGCGCCCACAACGACCUCGUCGGUGCAAACAGCUGCUGCCGAUUCUAGCUGCGACGCCAAAUCCAACACAGUGCAGCCGCCAAGGCAAGACGAUGUCUCCAUGUCCACCAGCAUCAACACACAAAGCCAAAGCAGAGUCACAGAGUCGAUAUCGGUGUCCGGGUCACAGGUAGCGCCGGGUAGGCGCCUGGUUUUAAAGAACUUUGAGAACCUGAAGAUAAUCCUUGAGGCAAACAGUGGGGACGAGGACUCCUUCCAUCCGGUGCAAAUCGAACAGUGGCUGGCCGAGAUAAUCUCCGAAACGGACCUGGAGCCAAUGCAGAAUACCGACAUCCUCGAGCACAGCCACAUCAACAAUACGGAGAGCCCAUAAGCAGGCAGUCAGUCGGGCAGGCAAGGCAGCAUCCCAGCGAUAGCCAUAAUUUCACAUAAAUCGCAAUCAAAGCAAUCCUAAAAAACGCACUCAGUAUUCCCCCAUACACACAUACAUAUAUACGUAUAUAUCGUACGUAGAUAUAGUUUUCCCUUUAAUUAAUUGUUUUAUGUCGAUCCAAUGAUCCCCAUGUACUUACUGCAUUUGAUUUUGUGAUUUUAUCGUUUUGUAAGACUUGAAAGUACCAAUUUUAUGAGCCACUAGGCCUAGGCUAGCAUAUAAGUGUUCAGUGUUCGCCACAUCAAACAAACAUAAAUACUUACAUACAUAUACAUAUAUCUCUACUCGAAAUCGAAAUUGGCCUACAUUAAAGUGUUAAAUGCCAUAA